AUGGCUUCCAUCACGCCCGUAGUGCCUUCAGCUGGUGGCAGCGGGCGGUUGCCCGACUCCGGAAAAUUUUCAACGACCAGAGUGUACUCGGAAAUCAUGGCAGAGCGAGAGCGAGCAAACACAGCGCAAGUUGUCAAGAAGAAGGUUACCCCUACUGUCCCGGAUGAGCCGGCCUACAUAAAGCACAUCACUGCCCGCACUCCAGUUUUUGCCUUCAAUGAAGCCGUUCUUGAUCGUCCUCUCACCGACAUGGGUAAGGCCUACAUCACCAUGACGCCUGCCCGGAGGAAAGAACAGGCCAGCUCCAAGCUUGAGCCCAACAAGACACGGUGA